AUGUCUGAGCGAACUGGUUCUGGUUCUGGUUCUGACAGGACGAAGAGAAGCAAUACGAGUGGAGUUGAGCCACACGAGAGUCGGAGAAGGAAAGAAGAGAACCUGAUCGGCGUCAGAAGACAAAAACGUGCCCGUUUACGCUAUCCGGCUUUGACAGCUAUUCCCAAGUUGCUACAAUCUCUAUGUUCUGAGUACCCUGCCUUAGAAUCGCAGAUAACUUCUCACUUAAAUACUCUGUUAGCACUUGAUGAUCAAAUCCCUCUGAUUGAUGAUGUCCUUAAGGAUGUUGUUCUCCCUCGCUUUGUCAAGUUCUUGGAUGACGAGAAAGAACCCCAAUUUCAGUUAGAAGCUCUAUGGGUUCUAACCAAUUUUGCGGAAGCAUCAUCCAAACACACAAAAGUUGUCCUUGAAGUUGGUGUCAUUCCCCGCAUUGUGAGCAUUCUCAAGUAUAACAGCGAAGUAGAAAUCCUAGAACAGGCGAUAUACGCUUUAGGGCUCAUUGCCGAUUAUUCCCCGAGCUAUAGGGAUCGUGCUCUUAGCAAUGGUUCUCUUCGACCACUAUUAUCUCUGGUGGAAUCACUUCCAGGAUCGUCUAUGUUGAUUGCAAGGACACUUUGUAGUUUGGUCCAAGGAAAGCCUCCGGUGAAUUUUCAACGGGUAAAGAAUGCCUUGCCUGUCCUUCAGAAACUCAUCCACACGGCCAAUGAAGAAGUUGUAUCAGAUGCAUGCUGGGCUCUCUAUCACCUUUCGGAAGGCCCAGAAGACCAAAUUCAAGCUAUUAUUGAGGCAGGAGUAUGCCCAAAACUUGUGGAGCUUCUACAGCAUUCAUCAGUUGCAGUAAUUUCACCUGCGCUUCAGACUCUAGGAAAUAUUGUUACUGGUGACAAUGCUCAGAAACAGAUUGUAGUUGAUAACCAAGUGCUCCCGGGUCUUUACCAACUUCUUAUGCGUGGAAACAGAAAAAGCAUCCGUAUAGAAGCUUGUUUGGCAAUCUCAAAUAUCACUUCUGGGAACGAAGCUCAAAUAGAGGCUGUCCUUAAGGCCAAUAUUAUACCUCAACUGGUUCAAAUUCUUCAACAAGAUGAGUUAGACAUCAAGUCGGAGGCUGCCUGGGCGAUCUAUAAUGCCACUGCUGGAGGAUCUCACGACAAUAUCAGGUUGCUGGCGGAUCAAGGUUGCAUUAAGGCACUAUGUGAUAUCUUGACCUGUCCAGACCUAACGGUUGUAUCAGUUAGUCUGGAGGGGCUGGAGAACAUUUUGAAGGUCGUGGGAGAAGCUGCCAAGGAAAUGGUUUGUGGAUGUGAAGGAUUGGAUAAGAUUCAAAAUUUGCUGACACUGACAAUGGAAUGCGAUGAGAACGAAGAUGAUGAGAACGAAGAUGAGAACGAGCACGAAGAGAAGCUAGAGGUUUUUGAGAUAGCGCAUAGGAUUUUGAAGACGUUUUGGCCAGAGCUUGGUUUGGAAGAAAAUGAACUCGAGAAUCCGUUGGAUGGUAGUCUACCUUUCGAGGUAACCAAUACCUGACCAGUGACAACCCCCCAAGUGGUUUUAAUUUGGGAUCAUAGCUAGUAAAGAUUACAUCUGUUAAUAACCCAGGUUUUCAUAUUUUUUCCAUUUUUUCAGUUAUCUGUUGUUUACUCAGCCAUGCAUGGCUCAGGAUUAUUUUUUUGUCUUGAAAAUGUGGGAUACUUGUUUGGCAUAUUACCAAAAGUUGUUAACCGGUUACAUGAUAAUACAGUCAGUUUUACUUGUUAAAUG